GCUUUGCCACCAUGUCCUCCGCAAACGGCCUUAUCUGCUUCACAAACUGCUUGCUGCCUACGGAAGAUGGCGGGCUCGUGCAGAAAGACCUCUGGAUUGACGAGAGGCGCGGGGUUAUCCUCGACUCACAGCGCACCUUCUUCCUGCGUAAGGAGAGGCCGGACAGGAUUAUUGACCUCGGCGGGAACAUCCUCAGUCCCGGACUCAUUGACAUACAGAUCAAUGGCGCAUACAACUUCGACUUUUCGGUAUAUGAAGACGAUGAUGAGGCUUACACCGCUGGGCUGAGGCGUGUAGCCAAGAACAUCGUCGAGACGGGAGUAACGUCACUGCUACCCACCAUCAUCACCCAAGAGCGAUCGCUCUACCCGAAACUCCUUCACCUCCUGCGCCCAUACAGCGCACCCGGCUCCGCCACGCUCCUCGGCUGGCACGCCGAAGGGCCGUUCAUCCAAUUUGCCAAGCGCGGUGCACACGCACCCCAGUUCCUCGUCCCCGCGAAGGAAGAGAUCAAAUCCUUCGAGGACGUCUACGGCGCAGAGAACCUCGCCGAGACUGAGGACUGGCUCAUGGCCGGAGACACUGAGGACGCGCUCGGCGUGCGCGUCAUCACAGCCGCGCCUGAAGUCGACGGCGUCAUGUCGUCCGUCGAAGAGCUCGUUCGCCGUGGCGUCGUAUUCUCCAUCGGCCACAGCAUCGCCACGACCGACAUCGCGACCGCCGCCGUCCAGCGCGGCGCGCGCCUCAUCACGCACCUCUUCAACGCCAUGCCGCAGCUGCAUCACCGCGACCCCUCCAUCAUCGGCCUCCUCGGCGCGUCCCCCGCCGAGUCCCCGCGCACCGCCGCGCAGGAACAGGCCGCCGCGCUCGCGUCGCUGCACCGCGUGCCGUCCGUGCUGAAGCGUGCGGCCGCGCAGGCGGGCCCGCAGCCGGCGUCGGAGGCGUUCGACGACGUGCAGACGCCGCCGCAGACGCCGCUGCUGCGCGCGCAGGAGGGCUUCGAGUUGGGCCUACAGAAGGGCAAGGUCGCAGACCUCGCGUUCGAGCGUCCGUUCUAUGAGAUGAUCGUCGACGGCAUCCACUCGCACCCGAACUCCGUCAGGCUUGCGUACUCGGCGUACCCCGACGGCUGCAUCCUCAUCACGGACGCGAUGAAGAUCCUCGACCCGAACCUCAAAGACGGCAUCCACGCAUGGCGCGACGGCAAGCGCUUCGUCAAGGCCGGCGACAAGCUGUACCUCGAGGGCACGGACACGCUCGCCGGCUCCGUCGUCACGCUCGACAAGUGCGUGCGCAACUUCUCGCGCUUCACGGGCUGCUCGCUCGGCGAGGCGCUCCGCUGCGCGACGUACAACCCCGCGCGCUGCCUCGGGCUCGAGCACCGCAAGGGCACGCUGCGCGCUGGGGCAGACGCGGACCUCGUCGUGCUCGACCGCAAGGGCAAGGUGCUCAGCACGUGGGUUGCGGGCCGCGAGGUGUGGACGCGCAAGGCGACCUAGGACGGCGUGCCUUGGAGCUUGGCCAGGGCAGCCGGUAUUAGGCGAGUAGGAUGAAUAUUCGUGUUGUCGCGCUGGAAGGGAGGAAUGGAACUGCAACGGACCGACCCGUAGUAUUAGUGUGUAAGAUACGGCAUAGAUGGAAGACAAAUACAACGCAUUCACGCGACGCGCCCCCCUUUUCGUUCUCUUUCCUUCUGUUGGUGGGUAGUGGCCCGGGAAACAUGAGCACGGAAACAUGGAAGAUGGAAGCAAUGCGGAACCCGCUCUAACGCUAAUCAAGACACUCCUCAGCAAAUCGUACACCACACCAAGUCCGCCCGGGAAUCACGACUAUGAGGCCGACGACGACGCCUCCUUCUCCUUGCCCUUCUCCUUCUCCGCCGCUAUCGCACCGGCCGCCGAGCUCGAGUUGGGCCCGUCGUCCAUGUACAGCCCGUGCUCCUCGAUAUAGUCCACGACAGGGGCGGGGAGAAGGUAGCGCACGCUCAGGCCGCGUCGGAGGAAGAGGCGGACCUUGGUCGAGGAGACGUCGUUUUGGACAAGCUGGUGGAUGAGGUGGAUGUUGUGCCGCCAUCGUGAGAGGCUGUCGAUCGCCUGGUCCAUGUCCGCACCGGCGCGCUCGAUGAUGAGCACGCCGUACCGCCCAAGGAUGUGGUCGAGGUCCGACUCAGACCAUACGCCCGGCUCGCUCAUCGUCGCAAUGAGAUCCGAGCCAGCGAGGAGCAUGAUCCGUGCGGGCUUCCGGGUACCGUCGCUGGCCUCGAUGCCGCCACGCUUGGUGUUGAUCUCGUACUCGAAGUGGUCGAGCACAACCGCAGUGCGCUGAUACGACUGGAACGCUUCCCAGGGGUCCACCAUCAACCACUGCGACGUUUGCUCAGCAGCGAGGUUGCACAUAUUUGUUCUGUGUUGUGCGCUGAGCAGACCUGGCUUCUUGUAUUGGUCGCUAACGGGACUCAGGUAGCCCCCAACGAUCUCGAGAUCCGUGUUCUGGCGAACGUAGUCCUUGGCCAUCUCAAACAUGCGCAGAUGGAGAUAAGUGAGCGGGCUGAAGGACCCGCAGGCGACGAGGACAAGAGGUUGCUUGUCUGGGUUGCGCAGGAUACGGGUGAGGCGGUGGGUGGGGAAUUG